AUGUGUCCCCUCCGUGUCCUCCUCCUGUGGCCCCUCCGUGUCCUUGUCCUGUGGGCUCUUCUCUGUCCAGGCACAGGAAAUAUCCCAAGUAUUCAGGAAUUUAUAACCACCCAGCCGGGAUCUGAUCUUCUCCUCCCAAUCAGACUCCAUCUCACCCUCAACCAUACAGAUACAAGGAGAUGUGACUGGAUUAUCUGGUAUAUGAAAUCCUAUGGACAAUCGGAUGAAAUAGCUGAACACAGGAAUUGUGACCUGUCAGAGAACAAAGAUUUCCCCAAUACAAGGAUAUCAGAGAAUGGAAGUCUGAUCAUCUCCAAUGUGACUCUGGAGAAUAGUGGGAUCAUGUACAGCGUGGAUAUAUACAACUCUACAGGAAAACUUAUACAGACAGAUGAUUACAUCGUCAAUGUAGAAAGAAAUGGUAUUCAGGAAUUUGUAACCACCCGGCCGGGAUCUGAUCUUCUCCUCCCAAUCAGACUCCAUCUCACCCUCAACCAUACAGAUACAAGGAGAUGUGACCGGAUUAUCUGGUAUAUGAAAUCCUAUGGACAAUCGGAUGAAAUAGCUGAACACAGGAAUUGUGACCUGUCAGAGAACAAAGAUUUCCCCAAUACAAGGAUAUCAGAGAAUGGAAGUCUCAUCAUCUCCAAUGUGAUUCUGGAGAAUAGUGGGAUCAUGUACAGCGUGGAUAUAUACAACUCUACAGGAAAACUUAUACAGACAGAUGAUUACAUCGUCAAUGUAGAAGGAAAAGGUGUUCAGGAGGAAAUAUUCACCCGGCCGGGAUCUGAUCUUCUCUUCCCCAUCAGACUCAAUCUCACCCUCAGCCAUCCAGAUAGAGAGAGAUGUGACUGGUUUUCCUGGUACUAUGAGCAUUCUCCUGAAUUGGGGGAAGAAAUAGCUAUACAUGUGGUAUGUGAUCUGUCCGAGAGCAAACUUUUCCCCAAUACAAGGAUAUCAGAGAAUGGAAGUCUCAUCAUAUCCAAUGUGACUCUGGAGAAUGACGGGAUAUACAGGGUGGCUACAUACAGAAGAGGAAGCCUUAUACAGACAGAUUAUUACACCGUCCAUGUAGAAGGAGGAGGUGUUCAGGAGGAAAUAUUCACCCGGCCGGGAUCUGAUCUUCUCCUCCCCAUGAGACUCCCUCUCACCCUCAACCAUCCAGAUACAAGGAGGUGUGACGAGUUUACCUGGUACUAUAAGGAAUCUUUAAAAAAAUGGAAAAGAAUAGCUGACCGCUGGGAUUGUGAGCUGUAUGAGAGCAGACAUUUCCCCAAUACAAGGAUAUCAGUGAAUGGAAGUCUCAUCAUAUCCCAUGUGACUCUGGAAAAUGACGGGAGAUACGGUGUGGAAAUAUACAACUCUACAGGACACCGUAUACUGACAGAUCUCUACACCGUCCAUGUAGAAGGAGAAAGUCGGUCUGAGAAGUCUUCAGGUUGGGGUCACUUCCUGUCAUCCGGGGCGGUCUUUGUCCUCUACACCGGGCUCCUCAUCUUUAUGGUCAAUGACCUGAGGAAGAAUCAGAGUGAGAGGAGGACGAGGAGAAGAGAUCAGGUGGAGAUGGAAAUGGAACCAACUUACUAUGAUGACUGCGAAUGAAACCUCUUGUGUGCCGGAUCUGUAGAUCUGCAAGGCUUUGCCCUCAUCUUGUGAGAGACAUUUAUCUGACAUUUUAUAUAUAUAGUUGUUCGCUGCUUCACCUUCUCCCGCCACAUAUUGAUCAUUUCUCUUUAUAAAUCUCAUUAAUAACUGUAUGACUAGAAGACCCGCCAGGAACUUAUGGAACUAAUGGACCUUUUACCUUCUUUGGAUAUUAGAGAAAGCCACAACAUAGUAUCUAUCUAUGCUAAUGUUCCUGGAAAGAAAUGGUUAACUGCUUAGCUCCUGAGCUGAAAAUCUGCCUCCUAUUGGUCAUUUAAUGUAUAAUGUAUUCUGUGUCCUCCCAGUCUGGGAUGGGAUCUCAUUACCUAUACUGAUUUACUUGACUUAUAAAGCUCUGCAUUCAAUGUGAAGAUCAGAACUAUUUCUUCUUUUUAUUAUUUUCACACACGU